AUGAUCGAGAUUGAGAUCAAAGGCCACUACGGCCAAUUCAUAAAGGGAUGUUUGCGCAGAAUUGUGGAAGAUAAAGGCGUCAUCGUAUAUGCGGAUGACCCCAACACCGAGGAAACUAUUCCCUUGAGUGAACUAAGAUUGCCUCCAAAGGAUUCACCCGAUUCCCUCACUCUCGCACCCAACCAGCAUGUCGAGGCUCUGUUACCGCUGAAUCUGAAGGAAGAUCAACGUGAAAAUGGUUUCGCCGAUGCGCUUGCGGGCCUAAAGCUCCAACCUACUACGGCGACUUCCCGCCUGGCCAAUCCUCUUGCUUGUCUUACAUGUCCUUCGUGGUGGCCAUGUGUUGUGACUAAGUUUCGCGAUGACCACGCCGUAGUCCAACUGCAGCCAGUUCUUCCUGAACCCAGCAAUGGCGCUCCAAAGGAGUACACCGAGUUGGCGGCUUCUUUGAGCAACAUGACUGAAAUUUGCCAGCGUAAAAUUCUCCGCCCUGUCAGCGGGGACGUGCCUUGCCUACGAAAGGAAGACUUCUUCACCCACAAGUUGGACAUUCCGCCUGAACUGUUGCCAUACGCCUCUGAUCCUGCCGUCCACGAAAUCAUGUCCCAGCACUGCAACGGCCCUGUUAGCAUUGUCCUGGAGAAUAACGAGGUUACCGUCCUCUCCCCAUCAGCAGAAGUUAUUCGCGUCGCAUCCCUCUUAGAGGAGAUGCACGUCCGCAUGCUGCGUCAGAAAUAUUCGAUUAUAAAGUAUAUUAAUCAGACCAAGAGAACUGACGUAAGUUUUUUUGGAUGGGCAUCCUUUUAA